GACAAGCAAAGCGAAAGUUACACCGUGACACCUAUAAUCGUAAAUCUUUAAACACGUUACAGGAAACCAAGCAUUUUGUGGUUUCCAAAGUGCAAAGAACAGAAAUUCUUCAAAUUAUUAGCACACGUAUUUCAGAGGUAUAUCGGUUAUGCAAACCUCCCAUAG